AUGAAUUACUGGAGACUGGAGAGAAUAGAGACCGGAGAGUACAGGUGUGUUAGAAUCAGAGACAAGAACAAUGUUCUAUUUGCAAGACGCAGCAAAAGAAAUUCGAAACGCGAUAGCACUGCAGUAUGUGGGCAAGGAAUGGAUUUUGAUCGUUUUGUCGAAGGUGUUGAGUAUAUUCCAGUGACUCUCAGAGCUGUUAGAAAGUAUGAGUAUAUUCCUGAAGAUGCAAGAAACAUUAAAAUAGUUGAGUAUGUCCCCGAGCCUGUGGAAAUUAUCAGAAGAAUCGAGCAUGUCCCCGAGCCCAUAAAGGCUGUUAACUUUCCAAAGCAUUCACACUUCCAAGAGCCACACAGCGAUAAGGCGCAUUCCAAA